UCUGCAAACUUCGGAGCGUUCGGUUGUCAAGUUUUCGGUCGCCUGCGUGAUUUUCUCUUUUCCGAUUUCAGCACUCUUCCCGCACACACACACAGCCAACACACACUCUACACAAGAGAGGGCGGAGCGGAGAGAGGAGGCGACUUGACUUUCGCUCGAAUUUCUCGCUUAUUGUUAUUGUUGUUGCCUCACCGUAGUGUAUAUACCAAAUACCCACUGUACUCUGUGUGUGUGUGAGACUGCGACUCCACUGUGUGCGUGUGUUUUUCCUGGAAGUUCGAAUUCUCUUUUUCCGUCUGCGAAACGGCCAACGGCUGAAAAAAGUUGGUGGAAUCAGAAUCAGAAGCGGAAUCACUAGCUUAUCACCAUGGCCGACAACAACAACUGCCCCAAGUGCAAAAAAUCGAUCGUCGCCAAGGAGGCGGCCGCCACGAGCAUCGGAUGCAGUGGCGAGGACUGCCGGCGGAGGUUCCACCGCACGUGCGUGAACAUAGACGAUGCGGUCUUCGAGGCGAUCCAGAAGAACCCCAUGAUAUCCUUCCACUGCGACGAGUGCAAGAAUCAAUCGCCGCGCUCCUUCGCCGCCAAGCUGCACACCAUCGAGGAGAAGGUCAACAAGGUGUGCAGCGGGGUCAACCAGAUCCAGGGCCGGAUGUACCAGCAGUACUUCCAGUUCGGCAAUCAGCCGCUCCAGGCCCUGGGAGCCAGUGCAGCCGGCGUGGGUGGCGGUGGAAUGGCCGGCGGUCUGGAUGGGAAGAAGCAUCCGCAGCAGAACAACCUCAUCGUGGUGGGGAACAACUGCAAUUCCGAUCGAUUGCAGGUCGUUUGCGACUACGGGCGAUGGGUGCAGGUGGGCAAGUUCGCCACGAACACUAGCGAGGAGGAUGUGAUCGAUCACCUGGCCGAGGAGCUGAAGAUCAACAAGAACCUGGUCAAGUGCACCAAGCUGGUGAAGAACGAUGCCAACCUGUCGCAGUUGUCGUACUGCAAGUUCAAGAUCUCCAUACCGGACUACCGCUUCAACGAGCUGUUCAACGAGGCCAUCUGGCCCAGCGGCGUGAUGGUCAGCCCCUUCACUCCGCGCUCCCAGCUGAACCAGAACCGCCUCUAGAGGGACGGGCCCGGCGGCCGGGAGAGCGGUGACCGGGCGAGGGUGAAGCAGUAAGGAUUGGGAGGAGCAGCAGCUGGAGAGGCAGUAGCCAAAAAGGAGGGAGUGCGCCUGCGCAGGGAGAGGAUAAUCGGAGGAGGAGGAGGAACUGCAUCGCGACCUGGCACCCAAGGGUUGCUACAUGGACUGCAACUACACAGCGGAUUCCCCCUCUAAUCCCUUGGGCAUUGAUGGAGCAGCAGGGCAGCAGGCGGAGCAAGGAGGAGCAACUAUGUGCCCCCCGUUGUAUGCUAAUUUUCGACACUCGAAAACAUUGUCUAGAUCUUUAAAAGCUUACAGAACCUAUCUAAUGGAAAACCAACAACAAGCAUAUUUAUUGAAUUAACUUUGAAAAUGCAUUUUAAAAUGUUUUAGCGUUGCGUAAAUAACGAACAUGAAAUCGAUAAUGAAAACCAAAAGUAUUUUAAUGGCAAAACUCACAAGUAAAAUAGAUGUGAAGCAAAAAUAUUAGUCAUUUAUGCAUAACUGUCGUACUUAAAUUAAAGUAAAACCGAAAACAAAACGAGAGAAAACCUAAGAAACCCCAAACUAAACGUACUUAAACACACACACUGAGAAACCGAGAAAUAACGAUUAUUCAGGCGCGUAUUUAAACCAUUUACUAACCAGGCACCGAAAUUAUGAACUUUCCUUUUGAUUUUCCAAACUCACUUCCGGGGACUAGAAAUAUUCGAGAAUUCAAAUUUCAAACCCAGAUCGUUAUACUUUCUCCAAAUCGAUAGAAACUUUAUUACGACGCGUGUGCGACACCUAUCACAUUUAGUACUUAACCGUAACCAAUAUCAAAAACAAAAAAUCGUAUAUUCAAGCAGACGACGGCUUAUAUUUAUAUUGUAUUCGUAUAUGUAUGUAGUUUGAGGCAUUUUCAAAGCUUGUUCCUGUUCCCAAAAACGUUUGGACAUUUUGCGAACCACUGCACAGGACACUGGCCAGCAGCUAGAAACCCAUUCAAAUUCAGAUCGAAAGUAUACAUGUAUUUGCGUUUUCGACGGGCAGUUCCCGGUAUUCCAUAUCAUGGAUAUAAGGACUCCUAGUCACCACAACACGUUCAGGACUCGAGACGAAACGAUGCUGGGCAAAUCCGUUGCAAUAAUAACUCACUGACCGAGUAUAAUGGAUGUACAUUUCGUAAUUGAUCUAUUUUUUUACACCAACCCGACAGCAAUAUUUUCCGUGGGCUCCACGCCAGCGAUAACGAUCCGAACAGAACCGUAGAUAUUUACGCAAGAGUCAGCAAACGAAAUGUAAAACACAUAUAUUAUAUAUUUAGUAUACAACCAAUAUGCAUGCAUGUAUUUAUGUCAACUUUUUCAAUAAAUUCUACAAAAAAA